GUUCAGGCUGCUGGAAGUUCUGUUAUACAAAAGAUCAUUCUUCGUUCGAAGUUCCUUUACAAGUGGCCCACCCAUACCUAGUUGCGACCCUAUCAUUGGCACGCUCUUAGCGAUAUCAUUUCAACUGCGCCUGUCUUCUGUUGCCGGUGUCAUUAUGCAACACUGAGCCUCUAUCAUGACGGGAACCGAAUCAUAUUCUAAUGAUGGGCAUUGCGCAGUGCCUGAACAGUCUAAGAAUUCCGAACCAGCUACGGUCGAGGAUGCUGCAACAAUUCUGCACGGUAUUCGUGUCCAAAAAGGGCAUGUUGAAGAGAAGUUUCGGCAGGCUUUGGGCGUCCUUUCAGAUGAGUACCGCGAUAGGACGCUCGAUCUUUAUCGAGAAAAGCGAGAGCUUGAGGCAGCGUUUACAAAGAGCAUCUCUCAACAGCUCUAUUCGUCCAAGUAUCGAUUUUUGUACGAACUCGUCCAGAACGCCGAUGAUUCGUUGUACGACGAGGCACGCCACGCAUCGAAGCUACCAUCCCUUCGAUUCGUAAUCACGCCAAGCACUUUCAUCGUAGAGACGAAUGAGGAUGGCUUCAAACGAGCCAAUAUCGAGGCGGUGUGUGCGACUGGCAAAAGCUCGAAAAAAGCGUCAGCUGCAGACGAUCACAUCGGUGAAAAAGGCUUCGGGUUCAAGUCCGUCUUCUCGGUUGCUGAGGAAGUCCAAAUUCAGUCCGGACUCUGGUCAUUUAGAUUCGAACAUCGACGGGGAGACGACGGCCUUGGUAUGGUGACGCCUCUGGACGCCGAGCCAGUUAUUCUCCCUGAAGGUGUAACUACAAGGAUAACCCUUCGCCUCUCGAAGGACACAACCGCAGAGUACCAGAGUCUCCUGAAUGCCGUCGCGAGUAUGCCGGAAACAACACUCUUCUUCUUGCAGAAACUGCGAAAGUUUCAUGUCCGGGUGAUAGAGCUGGACGCCGGAGAGGUAGCGACUAUGUUUGAGAGAUUAGCUCUGGACUCUCCCGUGAAUUGUGUCCUGAUUAGACGCCAGCAAGAGUCUAAUGAUGGAACAACGGUCGAUGAAAGUUUGUAUCGUUGUUUCGCUCACACGGUCGAGAAUAUGCCAGAACACGAAUACCGUAAGUGUCGCAAAUCAGCGCGCGUCGAGUUGGCUUUCCCAGUAGACUCUAAAACAAAGCAACCAAAGCUUAACGGGUCUGGGCAUCAUGUUUUCGCCUAUCUACCGUUGCAGCGUUUGCAACAGCUUCAGUUUCUCAUACAAUCGGAUUUUGUCACAUCUGCAAGUCGAGAGAGUGUCGUUGACUGUACGUGGAAUGACUUCAUAAUUGAUGGCGUGGCGAAAGUCUUCGCCACGGCUGUCGAAGAGUUCACGAAAGACGGUGAUCCUCUCAAGUAUUCUUGGCUCGAUUACCUACCUAUCGGACCAAGCGACGAUCGAUGGAAACCAAUGUGUCGACUGAUUACAGAAGAGCUGGCAGAGAAGCCCAUUCUGCAGAGUUGGCGGCAGCGACGUCUCAGAAGACCAGGAGAACUACGUUUGUUACACGACAAUAUGCUCUAUGACGGCAAACCGAUUGUGGAAGAUCUUUUAGAUGAUGUUGACCUUGCCCCCGAUUAUAUUCCUGAAUACAUCUCUAAAGUUGUAUCGCUUGGGGCACGUUGGGCGAUCCUACUACGCAUGGUGCAGCGACUGGAGGUCGCUCUCAAAACCAGCAAUUCGAAAUUGAGAACAACGAAACCACAUGAUGCAUGGCAUGUUGCAUUUGCCUCCCUGUUCUUACAGGCAUGGUCCACUACAACCCCCAAUGUCGUUGUUCAAAACAAACUCAAGGCACUGGCGCUAAUUCCUCUGCAGAAUCGUCACCAAUGGAAAAGCGCACCAGGGCAAAGCAGCGGUGGUAGUUUGGAUCAUAUUUACUUCUCCGACGUUGAAGGUAAUUGUAUUCCUAGCUCCAUAGGAUUGAACCUCCUUGAUACACACGCAUCUUCAGACCCGACGCGAAAGGCCUUUUACACGGCACUUGGCGUCGAGGAGUGUCCGCAUGAGUUGGUCCUUGAGAAGAUCAAGCAAGCUCAUGACCGCACCGACCAAGCUCCCACUGAUACACCGUCGCAUAUUUGGUACCUUUUCUGCGCGAAGGAGAAACCGUCGUCACUCAAAGAAUGGAUAUGGGUACCGACACUACAAGGACACGUGAAGAACUCUACGAAAUUGUACUUCCCGUCAGAAGAAGCCCAUCAUCUGCGUCAUGCUCUUACCGGAGUUGAUCCGUCAAGAUAUGAAGGAAUCUUCGAAUUCGUUGACAAGUCUUUAGUAGGAUUAGGGAUGGGCCACGGUAAUGCAUGGAAAAAAUGGUUGGAACAGGCCACUGGUGCCAAAGACAAUCCGCCCCUCGUACACGACAAUCCAGAGACGUGCUUGGCAGAGCUUUCCCCAGCCUUGAGGGUAGUCUACCAAUACAAGCCCACAGCAUUCUUGAACAUGCUCAGAAAACAUUGGCUCGUUUACCAGGAAGACGCUUCACGGAUCGAAGCCAAUCUCAGGGCCUUACAAGUACCAUGCGUUACCAUCGUUGGACCUCGGCAGUACGAAAAUCUGCAGAAUACAUAUCUGCCUACAGCAGCUAUCAUCGACCAAGUGCUGGAGUUUGGUUUAUCCCCAACAAAGUUUCAUGUACUUUCCUUGUCGAAAUCUCAUCUAGUAGUGGACAAGCUCAGUGCUAGUAGACACCGCAAAUGGCGCUUCCUGGAAGAAUUUGGCGUGCGUAGCGAAAAGGAUCUCGGCUUCUACAAACUCGCUCUGCAGGCUAUCAAAUCAGAGACGGAAGAGCCCGAAUCCGAAAUUCUGGAGAAGGUAUAUAAGGGCAUUGCGGAGUUUGCUACGGCAAACGAUCACAUCGCUCUCUGCGACUUUUUCAACCAGGAAUUGCUCUGGAUACCCAGCAGCAAAAGCUGGGUAGGGAGAGCUCAAUGCAGUUGGCGCGGACCAGAUUUCCUGCGAUGCAAGAGCGUACUGCAUCUGCACUAUGGACACAGCCAUACGCUGUCAAGGUUCUUCCAAAAAACACUAGAUGUAACAGAUGCUGUCCUCGAGGAUGCUAUCGGAGAGCUCAUUCAAAGACGGCAAUCUUCCGAGCUCACGACUACCCUUUCCGUUGCAGGAGACAUCUAUUCAUACAUAUGUGACAACAAAGUCAGUGAUGAAGCGUGGCAGAUGCUAAGGAAGGAGUUCGAGAAGAAGGACCUGGUUUUGGGCAUGAACAAUACGUGGCAUACCCUUGAGACGUGUGUGUGGCACAGUCGAUUUUUGCUCUCCGGAUACGAAGACCUUAGCUCAAUCUACCCACAGCUGGAAACCUUUUUCGUGAAACACCUCAAGGUCAAGAAGGUCACCCCAACUAUGCUGAUCAAGGAGAUAUCGAAGAUAGUUGCGAAAAAACCACCCGAAUACGAUGAUAUCCGAAAGCGGCUCAUCGAUGUCGGCAUGAUGCUGGCCACAACCAAGCUAGACAAGGCAACUAAAGAUGCGCUUUCCGAUCUCUCGGAAAGGAAAUUUCUGCCCAGAAGACUUCUAGGCGGAGGCACAGUCCUCCUUAGUCGUCACGAUACCUUUGCUAUCGGGGACCAUGCUCGAUACGGCAGCGCGUUCGAGGAACAUGGUAUUUUACUUGACUUCUCCGCUGAGGAGGUUCAGAUAAUGAACGUCAUGUUCACGUAUAUCGGCCUGAAGAAGUACUAUCUGUCGUCUUUGGUGGCCGAGAAAUCUACAGUCGAAGAUUGUGAUGAGGAGGACGAUGGCCUUACUCAAAAGCUGCAAGUGAAAGCGUACGCUCUGUAUUGCUGUGCUGCGAAGCACAAGAGCGUAGAGGCUCUCUAUGGAGACCGUACACUUUUCGAAACUUUAUCAGCUGUUCGAAUAUUCAGAGGCGAUCUCGCAACCCAUCUAGUCAUCGACAACAAAGAUCCAGACCUUCAUCUCAGUGUCCGCAGCGAGAGAUCAUACAUACACCAUGAAAGAGCGGAAGACGGCUUGAGGAUUUACGUACCCAAAGGUCCAAAGCAACGUCGAACAUGCUAUCGAUCACAACUUCCGAAGCUGCUCGCCGAAAUCAUGCAUGUUGGCUCAAGCGCAUGUCAUGACAUCUCCGUCAUCAUCAGCUGCGAUCUCAGGACUCUAGACGAUAUUCUAGCAGAGCAGGAUAUACCAUCCGUGUCGUGGCUGGAGGAGCCAGUUUACGAUAUAUCCGAUAACGAUGAAGAAGAAGAAGACGACGAUAGUGCAGCAAAUCCAUCUGUAUCUGGCUACAAUCAGAAUGUUGCAACGGCGUCCAGACGAAGAUACGUUGCUUUGGAUCCAGAAGCGCCACCUCUCCGAGACGACCGUAGCUCAAUUCAAAAGAACACUGAUCGCCUACAUGGUGCUCAGGGCGAAAAGCUUGUUUACGAUAUUCUCUCCACGCUUGAGGCGGCAGGCUUCAAUCUCGAUAAUUGGCAAAGCAACAUACGCGGGCACGCCUCACGUGAAGGCGUCGCCGACUGGCCAGGGAUCGAAACAGCGGACAUUGUUCAUACUGACUGCGAUGGUAUCAUGACAGAAUGGCUGAAGAAGAGUUGCACCGGUGGCUUUCCUGAGGGCACCGAUAAUCGUAACUUUGCGAAGCAACCCAUUGAGUACUACCUGGAAGUCAAGACCACAACUGGUCCCUGCAAGAAGCAAUUCUACUUGAGUACUAAACAGUAUAAAUUAAUGCAGAGCAUGGCCGUCCGGGAAAGCCAGGAACCGAACAAGAUAUACGUCAUUAUGCGUGUCUUCAACCUUCUGUCGCCAAAUCAAGGGUUAGAGGUAUUUGUGGACCCUCUACGACUUCAGGGGCGAUAUCUUGAGUUUGAAGCGGAAGGGUGGACGGGUUGGAAGCUGUGAUUGCGCCGGUGAGGAGCUUUGACCCAAAUGUAGCGCAGCGCGAAGUACCGUCAUCAGAACCCAAACAAGAGAGAGAAUAUUCUGUCGCGUGUAAUGCCGUCUUAGCCGUGUAGCAAGCUCGCGAAAACCGUAGCUCUCUGUGAAACUAUG